AUGGAGCAGCGGUCAGGCGCGGUGCCUGCGCCGGGGGAUGCUCCCGCGUUUCUAUCGUUCCACGACCUAUAUGAGCACCUCGAGCGUGCGCGCCAGACGCGCGCGCCGGAGGAGCUCGGGCAGCUGCUCGACGCGCGCCUCGGCCGCCUCCAGGCGUGCGGCGCGCCGCUGCCCCCGCGCUCGGCAGCGUCGCGCGCAGCGCUCGACAAGGAGAGCGCCGAGGUGCGCGGCGUGCGUGUGUCAAUCAGCGACGUGCACCGCGAGCUGUGUGUCGCGAUCAGCGAGCGAUUCGACGUCGACGAGCUCGAGGCACUCGCGCUCCUGCGCACCUUUCUCGAGAGUGAGCACCGCCUGCUCGACGCGCUGGCGCCGAAAAGCAGCGACGCAUUCACCGAGUUUCUCGAUGCAUUCACCGUCUUUUACUUUGAGGAGCAGCUCGCGGUCGUGCGCUGCAUCGCGGCGCUGCUCCGCAUCUCGGAGGACGCGCAGAACGAGCUGUACGCCAUGGCCGUAGCCGUGCUCGACAAGUUCUGCGACGCGGCGUUUGCCACGCAGGUCCUCGCGUGGUUCGAGGACGAGGCACAGCGCGCACUCCCGGUGCACGUCCGCAACGAUGCACGCUACUCGCUCUUGUGGGCCAAGCAGGGGCUCUGCAAGCAGCUCGCGCUCCUCGAGGUCGUGUUCCUCAUGUACUACGGGCGCCUGCAGCCGACGUGCGCCUUUAUGAAUGCGACGCUCAGCGCGGCGAAGCGCACACACUUUGGACAGAACCAGGCCAACAGCGGCUUUCUCGACGGGCCGUCGUCGGUGCUCGUCGACUGCGUCGCGCACCUCCUCCUCUUUCUCGCGGUCGAGUGCCUGAGCCUCGAGGCGGCGCUCGACCCGCUCGGCGGCGAGUCGGACGCGGCCCUCGCGCCGCUCCUCGCGGACCCCGACGGCCUCGAGGGCGUGCUCGAGAUCCUCGACGGCGCAGGCGCACUCGUGUGCUACUCGCCGCUGCUCCUCGGCUGGGCACUCCUCCUGCGCCGCCUCGAAGAGUACCUCGAGACCGCCGAAAACCCGCGCCUCCAAAACGCCACGGCGGUCCACGACAACGGGCCGCCCAUAUGGCGCCGCAUGGCCCACGGUGCGAUGGACCCGUCGAUGGACCUCUUUGGCGUGCUGAACGCGCUGCUUGCGUCGCCGCUCCUCGGCGGCGCCGAGAGCGCGGUGCUCGGCGCGUCGAACCUCUCUGCGCUCGCGUACCGCGCCGUGUUCAAAGGCCUGCUCCUCUCGCUCACCGAGAUCGUGCAGCCAGAGUACAUCCCAGAUCUCGACGCACUCGUCGGCCUGUACGCGGCGACGUUUGGCGCAUCGCGCGACGGGCUCGCGCAGGACGCGGCCGAGGGCGUCGCGUCGCUCUGCUUCCAGUUCUGGACGGCCGACAUGCCGCAUCCGACGCGUGCGAGCGUGCUCACGACCGCGCGGCGGCGCUUCCCCGCGAGCCUGCGCCCGCUCGUGCGCCUCGCACAUGCGCUCAGCGGCAACGCGGCACUCGACGUGUUCCACACGCCCCAGCCAGGCAGCGCUGCGGCCGAGGCAAGCGCCGCGGCGCUCGACUACCUCGCGCAGCUCCCGACCCUCGCGCUGAUCCUCCCCGGCGGCCCGGCGGGCCUCGCGCCGUACGAGCUCGUGGACGCACCGGGCGCAGGUACGGUGCAGUACCGCGUGCGCCGCGCCAUGGCCGUGCCGGCGACGAGCAUCGAGCUCCCGGUCGGCACCAAAGGCACGCUCAUCUCGCCGCUCGGCAGCACGCCGCAGGUCGUCCUGUGGCAGCUGGCCGAGCCCGCGAGUGCGUGGCGCAUUUUGCGCGACGUCCUCGCGCUGUACGUGUCGCCGACGCCGCCCCGCGUCUCGGACGAGGACCUGUGGCACAGCGCGCCGGCGCCGCGCGUCGACUUUCUCUCGCCUGACUGCGUGCCGGGCGACUGGGAGGUGGUUGCCGAGAUUGCAGACGCGUUUGCGGCGGUGCUCGGCGCGGACGAAGGCCUUGCCGCGGCGCUGCUCGAGCACCUCGACGGCGGCGGCGGCCUCGUGGCCAUCGCGCUCGACAUGCUGCGCAUCGCGCUGCCGCUGCGCCCGCUCCCGUCGGCGAUGAUCUGUGCGGCGUACCGCCUGCUGCAGGUCCUGCUUCCCCUGCAGCCCAACGAGGUGUGGCAGCGCGUGCGCUCGUCCAACGUGCUCAUCGGCUCGCCCGGCACGAUUCCCCUCCUUGCGUCGUACGCGUCGCUGCGCAGCGCGGACCGCGAGACAUUUUCCGUGCUGCUCGCCGACGAGGUGCAGCGCGGCCGCUUCCCGGGCACGAUUGCGCUCCUGGACCUCGUCGGGGGCCUCGUGCACGAGCUGCAGACGGCCGUGUACGCCGACGCCACCGAGCUCCUCGCGAUCAAGAGCCAGGUGCUCGUGCGCACCGUGCAGUGGAUCGCCGACGCGAUCUGGCCCGAGUACCAGCACUGGACGUACGCCGCGCCGCGCGAGCAGCUCGAGAUCGGGCGGCGGUGCGUGCGCAUCAUCACGGCGCUCGUCGAGGACCCGUGCAUGGCGUCGGGCGAGCCGGGCCUCCAGCCGCUCGCCGCGUACGUCGACGCGCUCCUGAUCAGCGCGUGCACGCCGAUGCGCCUGCGCCCGCUGCUCACCGCGAUCGGCUCGGGGCACACGGCGGUCGGUGCGCUGUACCGCGCGGGCCACGCGAGCGACGCGCGCCUCGCCGAAGAGGUCACCGAGGCGUACCUGUACCUUUCGACGCUCCUCCUCGUGCGCCACCGCGUGCACGGCACGUCGCCGCACCCCCUCGCGACGCUCUUCUUCCAGCACACGCAGGUCGACGGCGGCGCGCCGGGCGUGCGCCGCGAGCUCGCCGGCGCGGUGCUGCAGUACAUCUGGUCGCCGAUGCCGCCGAGCGUCGCGAUCGCCGCCGCGUACCUCGCGACGGCCGUGUGCGGGAGCGUGCGCCGCGCCGACGCGCCCGUGUCGUUCGCGGGCAGCCUCGGGUCCACGCACGAGCUCGACUCGGCGGUCAAGAGCCUGCACGGCGUGCUCGAAAACACCUACGGCGACGAGGGGCUGCGUGUCGCCGUGUGGCGCCUCUUGAGCGCGCUCGCCGACUCGCAGCCCGCGCUCGCAACGCUCCUCCUCACCGGCGGGCACCGCGGCGAACAGGCCAACGGCACGACCGCGCUCCAGCUCGCGGUCGAGACGGCGGGCGUCUGGUCGGAGCUCUGGGAGAUUGCGCCUGCGCUCCUCGACGCCGUCGUCCAGUUCCUCGGUGUCGCUUGGGGGCACGCGUACGAGCACCCCGCCGUCUUUGCGCCGUUGCAGUCCGACGCAGCGCUCUGGGACGCACUCGGCGCGCUGCUCGCACGCAGCACCGAGCCCGUGCCGCCGACGCCGGCGUCGGAGGCGGCGCUCGACGCGCCGGGCGCGAGCGACGCGGUGUGCACGUACGCCCACCGCGUCAUGGCCCAGGCACGCACUCUGCGCCUCUUUCAGCUGACCGUCACGCAAAAAGGCGCGGCGGAGGGCACGCGCGUCCUCCGCGGCCUCGUGCGCGACGCGCCGCAGUUUGCGCGCACGCUGUGCACGGCACUCGCGUCGGAAGUCGAGGCGCCCGCGGCGCUCGAGGAGCACCUCGCGGCGCUCGUGCCCGGCGUGCCGCUCGCGCCGCUGCGCCGCCCGCCACACUACGACGACUUUGACGUGUCGCGCACGUUUGGCGACGCGUACGUCUUUGUGCGCGACGCCUACCUCCUCAAGCUCGCCGGCGUCGUGCCCGAGGACGACGUGCGCCACGACGCGACGGUGCUCAUCACCAGCGCGAGCCUCGCGUGGGGCAUGGUCGACGCACAGGCCGCGCGCGCCGCCGCGUGGACCGACUGCCUGGCAUCGAGCGCAUCGCGCCUCGACGAAAGCGCCGUCAAGCCGUGCACCGACGCGGCACUCGGCCUCGCGCGCCAGGCCGCCGACGUGCCGCAGGACACGCCGCCCGCGGCGCUCGUCGCGCGCCUGCGCCUGCUGAGCGUGCUCCUCGCCGCCGGCUGGGCACGCAGCAGCCCGGCGUCCUUCCCCGCGAUGGCGGCGCUGCUCGCGAGCCUGCUCGAGCACCCCGCGUAUGCUGCAAGCGAGCGCAACGAGCUCUCUGCGCCGCUUGCCGAGCUGAUGCUCGUGACGUGUGCCGCGUCGCGGCGCACGGCGCUCGACGCGUCCGGCCUCGCAAGCAUGGCCGUCGUCACGCAGCGCACGGUCCACGCGCUUGUGCACGUCGUCGCCGCCGCGCCGCACUAUGCGCCGUCGAGCGCGGAUGCGCACGCCGCGUCGCUCGAGCUCGAAGUGCUGGGCGCCGCGCUGCAGCACGCCAUCCACCUGCCCCGCUCGGCGGCGGUGUGGGCCGAGCCGCUGCGCGAGACGCGCCUCGUCGACGGCCUCGUGGCCCUGGUCACCAAGGCGCCGCGGGCGGUGAGCGAGGAGGCGUGGGGCGUCGGCCACGUCCUGUACCUCGCGCCCCUCUUGCAGCUCUGUGCGACGCUCGCCGCGGAGCGCGCCUCGUGCGAGCUCCUGGCGCAGAACGGGAUGGUCUAUGCGCUAUGCAGCAAUGCGCUCAGUGCCGAGCUCGAGCAGGGCGGCCUGAGCGCCACGCUGUCGACUGGCGACGCGAACCCGCUGCACCUGCACUGGUUGCUCUCGCUCCAGAUCGUCACGAGCCUCGUCGCGUCGCUCACCGACGCGCACGCGGCCGUCGGCAGCCAGUUUGUCGAGUCGGACGCGGACGCGUUCGUGCAGCUCUAUGCGCCGCAGCUGCGCCGCACACUGCGCUUUGCGCCGCCGCAGCCCCCGCUUGCGCUCGACCCCGCGCAGCUGCACGAAGUCCGCGCGGUGCUGCGCCUGUUUUGCGUCAUGUGGCGCGCCAAGGCGGCCGCGUCGCCCGCCGCGGGUACGCCUGCGGCCCUCGCGCGGGCGCUCCCCCUCGGCGCGGAGCUUUUGGAGCGUGCGCCGUACGUUUUGCAGCAGCUGGCGUACCUAUACAACCAUCCCCGCGAGCUGCGCACGCUCCUCGGCACCGACGACGACGCCAUCGCCGACGCGGCGUCCGCUGCGCUGCGCGACUGCCUGUGCGCGCUCCUCGGCCUGCUGUGGGACCUCGGUGGAGCAAGCGCGGUGCUCCUGCGCGACGCAAGCGAGUGGCCGCCGCUCCCUGCGCUCAUCCAGCCGACGCUGCACAGCGCGCCGGGCGCCCCGGCGUCGCUCGGCACGCUCCUCGAGGCCGCAAGCGCCCUCGGGGACGCGGCGCGCACUGGCCGCGACGCCCAGGCCGCGGCCGCACUCGUGCAGUGCAUCGGCCUCUGCGCGACGCAGGCCGUGGUGUGGGCGCGUGGAAAACUGCCCGCGGACGCGGCGUCGUGCCAGGAAAAGGCCGCACAGGCCGACGCCGAGAUCGCCGCGGGCCUCGGGCGCGACAUUGACGCGGCGCUGCGCGUCGCACACAGCGUGUGCGUGGACGAGCGGCCCCUCCUGCGCGUCCUGGAGCGCUUCGCGAGCGAGUACCUCGGCGCACGCCAAGAAUAA